AUGCAUAGUUACGAUCAUGUAAUAACUUCAGUUAAGCCAAAAAACUCAGUGCAAUACCUCAGCGUUUGGAUUUCACUGCAAUGUAAUAAGAUGUUUACCGUCAAUCAGGCCGUUCAAGAUGUGAAAUCCACUAUAGCAAUACUAGCUAAUAAAAAGCUAACGGAUAAACAGCUCACUUAUACGUACAAUGUAGUCAUAAUUCCACGUGUUGAAUAUCGUACGCAGCUCGUGCACCUUUCUGAAAAUGCUUCAGACCGCAUC